AUCUAACUAAGCGCAGAGCAAGAAUUAAAAUAUCCUGUAAUCCUUCAAAUCCACUCAAGCUCCAAACUUUUAUAAGAAAUAGCGCCAAUCUCAAGUUCCAUAUUCGCCAUUACCUAACCUCACUCCUUCCUCCGUCAAAAAGUUGAAAAAAAAAAUCCCAUCUUGGGAAGAAGGCCACAUCAUUCAUGGAAUCCUCCAGCAAGCCCCCACUGAACUUGAAAUGGCUCUUCUGCUUGCUCUGCGGCUUCAUUGGCAUCUUCUUCCUGUCUUCAUAUCUAAGCAAGAACUACACCCCUUCUUCAACUUCCGUCGAAUCCCUUCAAGCUCUCAGCUUCUAUAAUCUAAACCUCAGUCCCAACUCCAACCACUCAGCAGAAGCUCCAUGCCCUGCAGCCUACAGUAUUAUCGCCCCUACUUCUCCUCCUCCUGCUCUGGCGCCCGUCAUUGCUCCUUCUCCACAACCUAACGCUGCACCUGAAGCCCUGCUUCAGAAACAGACCUGCAACUUAUUGGAAGGAAGAUGGGUUUAUGAUCCCAAGGAAUAUCCUCUUUACACAGAGAGGCAGUGCCCCUUUCUGAGCCAGCAGGUCAAUUGUCAGAAAAAUGGGAGGCCGGACUCUGACUAUAUGCACUGGAAAUGGGAGCCGCAAGGCUGUGACAUCCCAAGGUUUAAUGGAAUUGAAAUGCUGCUGUGGUUGAGGGGUAAGCGCAUGGUUAUUGUAGGAGAUUCGUUGAAUAGGAAUCAAUGGGAGUCGCUCGCCUGUCUUCUCUAUUCUUCUGUUCAUCCUUCGCGCACCGUAAUCAAGCUGCGAGAUUCUCAUAAGCUGUUUCGAGCCAUUGAUUAUGAUUGUUCGGUGGAGUUCUACUGGAGUCCAUUUCUGGUGCGAGUGGACGAGAACAAAGAGGGGGAUAAAAUUCUCAAGCUGGAUAAGAUGCCGGAAGAGUCUCGUUUGUGGCGGAGCGCCGCCGUGCUUGUCUUCAACACCGGCCACUGGUGGACACACAGUGGCAGAAUGAGAAGUUGGAAAUACUACGAGUGGAGAGGGGAGCUGGUGGGGGAGAUGGAGCGGGACUCCGCAUACGGGAUAGCUAUGAGGACGUGGGCUGAUUGGGUGGAUCGCCAUGUGAACCCCAACAAGACUGCAGUCUUCUUCCGCAGCAUAUCUCCGGAACACAAGAGUGCAAACCUCCAUUGGUGCUACAACAAGACGGAUCCAAUCGGAUAUGAGAGAUACGUACAGACAUAUCCGAGAUCCAUGGUAUCCAUAGUGGAGAGAACCAUACGGGAGAUGAGAACGCCGGUGAGGUAUCUGAACAUUACCGGCCUGUCGGAGCGGAGGAGAGAUGGCCACACGUCCGUGUAUACUACAAGGCAGGGAAAGCUACUCACCGGGGAUGAGAGGAAUCGUCCGGACACGCAUGCUGAUUGCAGCCAUUGGUGCCUGCCAGGAAUUCCGGAUACCUGGAACGUCCUGCUUUGCGCCUACAUUGUAAGAUCCCCUAUUGUUCCGUUUUAGUUCAGUAUUUACUUCGGCUAUGAAGCCGACUCCAUAGCUCCAUUUUUUCUAGGAUGACUGAUGACUUUUUUUUUUUCCCCCUAAAUGGGACUCUAGUUUAAUUUCGUUGGGGUGAACUCAAGGAAUGUAUUAAGCAUCAGGGCAUUAUUAUUAUUAUUUUAUUAUUAUCUGGAAGAUUUACAGUCAUGCCACUCAAUUCUUAUG